GCCGCUGCUCUGAAGCUGCUCCGCCCUCAGCGUCUAAUGCUGCCUUCACGUGCUACUCGGAAACCCCACUUACAUUACUAUAACUUUUUUUUCUCUUCUGUGACAGUUAAGGGACUUUAGGUGGACAAAACGACGCAAGCAAUAAAAUUAAAAUUUGAUGAAUGUUUAUUAUUAAAGUGAAUGUGACUGAAAACAGAGUAAAUGCUAGUUGUAACUUUUACAUCACAUUUCUGAUAGUAGGUCUAUUAUAAUUCCAUAAUUCACCUGUAAUACAAUUAAGUUUAAACAGCUUCCCCCUCGCUGAAACGUGGCAAGUGACAAAUAACCCCUUUUCUCUAAACACAUUAGGUCCUUUUUGGUCGUUCAUUUGCGCUGUUUCAAAAUCAUCUCAAUCUCCGCCGGCACGUGAAGGCAGCGGACAGUGAGCAGGUAGAGCCUGUCAAUGAGAUCCCAGGGGAGCGAGAGAGAGUCCGGGAGGUAGACUUCUGGGACAGUGUCCUAACUGUACACGGUGUCUCUCCUGUUUAUCAACUUUAAAUGGGGAUCACAAGGAGUUUGGACCACUCUCAUUCCGUACUUUUUGUAGUGUUUCUACUCUGCACUCGCUGAUGAGUUUGACAAACGAUUCAUUUUCCCUCGGUGUUCUCAGGAGGAUCGUAUCCAAUUUCUCAUAGUGCAGCGGAGACACUGAACUCGGGGAAUGCCUUUUUUUUCUUCUCAGCGUGUAGGUUUAAAUGAGGACCGACUAUAGAAAAUAAGUUGAUGGAGCUGAUACAGAAAUCGCUUUGGUUUCGGACCCUGUUUAAUUACGGAGUUAUACGCGCAGGAAGCAACGGUCCAUUUGGUUCUCUUAAUAAUUAGAUAGAGCUCUAUCCUGAAUUGAACAACUUCUUCGAGGAUUAUUAUCGCAACUGAAAAAAAAAAUAUUACCCCACUUUUUGGCACCCUGCAUGAUCUGUCAACAUGCCGUAUAACUUUCCGGCGGCAACCUGUAACCCAGCCUUUGAAGUUCAAGUCGUCGCUCCUCUGCGUUUUAUGUGGAUUUAUCCAGAAAAUGUGGCGCCCACAGGACGUGCUAUCUUUGCCAACUCGCGUUUGCUCUCAAAAUGUGAUUGUUAGGUACAGUGACUGGUGUACACUGUAAUACUAUUAGUUGUUCAGUUGCGGAUGAAGAUCGAUACACUGUUGCCAGGACCUGCCCUGUUGGGAGAGAAUACAACAGCCCACCUAUAACGCAAACACGUUACAAAUGAGGACAUUAUGUUGUCUGUCUCCUGAUGAGCAGGCUAUGCGAAGCCAAUGCACACUUCAAGCUCUAACACAACACAACGUGUCUUCAUGGUGUAUUUGUGCAUACAAUGUUUCGCCACCCACAUUAAUGACACUGGAUAAAAGCUCAUUAUAGCUUUUUUUUAAUCUCUGGAGACACAGUUUUCUGUGACGAAGCGCUUGGCUCCAUGUGGGGCACUGAGUGAUAUGUAUUUCUGUAGCGUGUCGAGCUUGAAUAUUAACUCUGGUGCUGAAUGGAAGUAUUGGGACAUUCACGCGUGAGUUACGAUGGCAGUCCUCCAGCUUUAAAAGUUUGGAUUGUAUCCGUUUCGCUGUAGUCGUCGAGGCACAAAGAAGAAGUGGGACGUGUAUAUAUAUAUAUAAAUAUUUUCUCCGUUUUGUCUGUGUGCGGUGCUUGCCUGCUUUGAAAGUCCACCAUGUGCGGCCGGGCACCGCCGCUGCAGCCGAGGCCAUGACCGUCCCCCAGCGGCGCCUGGCCGGGCUCUGGCCGUGGCUGCUCAUGGCGGCCCUGCAGGUGGUGCUGGGCCAGCCGGGCCUGGAGUCCGAGCGGCCGGCCCUCCGAGCGGUCAUCAUGGUGACACUGCUGAAGCAGGAGCCGACGCGGAAGCCCAUCACCCUGGAAGGGGUGUUCGUGGGAGGUAGUGCCGGCAACGCGGAGGGAAAACUAAUGCAGUAUCACCCUCUGUCUCUGUGCAAUACAAGUGAGGAUGAACGACAAGAGAGUGACUUCAUCACCAUUGUCAAACUGGAGCACAAGGUACAUCCCUGUCUGCCGCUGCUCGAUAAGGCUCGCAUGGCGCUUGAAAAAGGAGCUCAGGCUGUUAUCUUUGACGUCAGCGACGACGCUAAGGCUGCUGCUGAGCUGCGAGAGACAGAAUCUCUUCCCCGUCCAGUCGUGCUGGUGGAGGCUAAGAAUGCUGAGGAGUUGAUGAGUUUGGUCAACAAGAACGAGGAGGCCAAAGUUCAAAUCAAGAUCCUGGUGGAGCAGCAUAGAUGGCCACAUUAUGAUGUGGGUAUCCUGCUCACCAUCGUCCUGGCUAUUCUGACCAUCGUCCUAAUCUUUGCUUUCCGCUACAAGUGCAAGUCCAACAGAACUUGGGACUCCGUCCAUCAGCAGACCAUGAGGGCCAUUAGUCGAUUGGAGACCAAAACCUACAACUCGCAGGGCUGCUCAGCCUCACAGCGCCAUCGUGGAGCCUGGGGAUCGGCCAGCAGCUCCAACUCGAGUCCCGUCUGUGCUAUCUGUCUGGAGGAGUUCCAGGACGGACAGCAUCUGAGGAUCAUCUCCUGCGCUCAUGAGUUCCAUAGAGACUGUGUCGACCCCUGGCUGCUGCAGCACCGCACCUGCCCCCUCUGCAUGCACAACAUCAUGGGUGAGGACAAGCAUAUUUCCAGUACAGAGCGGCAACCUCAGAGGAACAGGCACCAGCAGAGUCCGGAGCAAAUCCAGGGUUUCCUGCACUCUCAGCCUUACAGCAGCCCACGCAACCACCCCUUCCCCCAGCACGCCAUCCCCUUCUCUAUGAGGCCCCACUACCCUCGCGGACCCUCUGGGCCCUAUCCUUCCCUCGGCCACUAUAGUGGCUCUUCUCCCAUGGACACCCAAACACUACGUUUCCUCACCAGCAGGCCGCUUGGCUCCUCCUGUGGGUACCACCUUCCUGCAGAGGGUCCUGGGAGGCCCCACAGGAUUGGAGGUAACUGCAGGACUUCCACUCACCACUACACCCCCCGUCGAUCCUGCCACAACUAUCGCUCAUCUUGCCCGGCUCAACGCAGUGCAUCUAGCUCAAGACUGCACCACACCUCUUCGGUCACACCACAGUCCCGGGGAGUGCCGCCCCACAGCCGGCAGGAAGAGGGCAGCUGUUCUGGCGGCAGCUACCACACAGAACGCAGUGGAUACUUGGCUGACGGGCCGGCAAGUGACUCCAGCUCAGGGCCUUGCCAUGGCUCCUCCAGUGACUCAGUUCUCAACUGUACUGAUGUGUCCCUGCAGGGGGUUUAUGGCAGCUGGUCCACUUUCCGUAGCUCUCUGAGUAGUGACUAUGAUCCGUUCGUUUAUUACGGGCCAGGUCCUGGGUGUGCCCCUCGCAGGAACAGCCUGGAGGCAGGUGCCCAGGCCCGGCCCAGGUCUUUGGAUUCUGUGGUAAACAAAGCGGGCUGCACCGAAGAACAGCCACAGACUGUGUUCAGCCACAUCCACUACCACCGCCACAGACACCACCACUAUGAGGAGGGGGAGCACAGCCAGGGCCCAAGCAGAGGCUCAGAUGAGGAGCAGGGGGCCGCUGUUGCUGCUGCUGCAGCUGCACCUGCUGACAAAGACUCACCUGUAUGCCCUCCCAAGCACAGCCCCUGCCAGUGCCCAAAGCCAGACCCCACAGAUCGGCCCGGCCCUGGGACAGAGGGUCAGGACCAUGAUCCCGGCAGCCCUACAGGACCCUCUGUCCUGGUGUCCCCAAUCCCCUUACAGCUCCAGCCUCACUGCUGCCACCAGGGACACGGACACCCUCCCACUCCUCUUGGGCGAGUGGGUGGCUGUGUGCUUGAUGGCCCCUCUGUUCGCUUCCACCAGAGCCUGGAUCUGCAGGACGACCGUAGUGUCCACAUCCACUACGGCCAGGGCCCAGGCUUCUGCUGCUCGCCCCCUGAGCUGCGCCCUGCGCUGCUCCCCGUACCCCUCAUUCUGGACUCUGGAGGUAUGGAGGACUGGCCUUGCUGUGCCGGAGCCCAUGUUGUGUGGCAAAAACGGGUGCAGCAGGCCCGCUCAGAGCCUCAGCUGCUGGGGCCUGGGACCUCUAUGGACAGGCCACCCUGCAGGUUCCACCACAGUCCUGCUGCUGACCGCAACACAGACAUUUGUUUAUACUGCCAAACAUUACACCACAAUCAGGGAUCAGAAGAGGAGUCUGGCGUGUGAGAACUUGUUGCAUCCCCAUUAUCACGCUGCUACACAGGAGCCAGAAUGGACAAGCCUCUCACUGGCUAUUGCUCUCAUAUCUUCCACAUAAUUCCACCAGCAAUGCCUUCGUUCAGACGAUUCCCCAGCUUCCCCCAGGAUUCAAAGCUCACGCAUGCUGAAAUGCUCGUCCAGUCCAUUUGGAUAUUGUUUGACCCUACUUUUAUAUUAGAAUAAUUUUAAUUUUUAUUAAAUUAUGCUAAAAUCGUAAGAUAAUUCUGGAUGCAUCCUUCAUAAUAUUGUAUAUCAAAAUAUAUUGAAUGAUUUGAAUGUUUGGAGUCAGGGAGUUGCUGGGGAAACGACUCAUACACCACAAAGGGGAAAAAGUGUUUGUCUGUGUGUUUCUCCUUGUCACUUAUAGGAAGAAUAUUCAUUAUCGACAUGAUAUCACAAGUUCCCGUGCUCCUUAGUGACAACUAACGAAUGAUCCUUGCUUAGGGUGUUGAGCCCUCAUGAAGUGAGACUCCAUCUCUGCGUCGCUCACUCUAUGACAGAAUAACUUGAUUUAUCUUAGAGGUACUUAACUUUCACUCGCGUGAUCUUCGUCUUCCUUCGCUGAGUCCAGUCUCAGCUGAGAGAAGCUUUUCUCUCCAGCCUACCUCAGCUCAGAUUUCUUAACAUGCCUCACACACAGGGGGUCUUUAAAGGUACUGCUGUAGUGAUUUUUUUUGUUUUUUUUGUCACAACCAUGUAGCUCCCAUAAACUCAACUAAAAGUUAUCCUGUUGGCAGUCUGACCUGUCCAAACGGAGAGAAAGGUUGAUUCUCAGCCCAUCAAAUUACAAGCAUUCACUGAGGUUGCUGAGCCUUGCAUGGGCCUUGUUUUCAAUAUUUCAAUAAUGGCAGCUGUUUUCAACAUGUUUGUUUGUGUCUUGGAUCAUUUCUGUUUUCGAUUUUUUUUUUUUUUUUGUAGUCUGUAAUUUUUUUUUUCUCUUUUCAAAAUGAACCAGUUUGACUGAAUUAUGUCGUCGUCAUUACAAGCUAUUGUCUUGUUCUUGUCAUUUCUCUUGCCAAUGGUUACUUCACGUGUUUGACCUCAGUGCUGUUAAACCCCCUGAUCAGAGUGAAUGGGCCUCAGCUUUAGAGGGAUGACAACCAUCUUCUCUGCUCCUUCAUUCAGCCCAAUAUUGUAUUAUGUCCUUGAAUAAGGGCAUAACCUUUGUCUUCCAGCAACUAAAGCUCUACAAAAAUGUUCAACAUUGCAGCCAUAGAAAAGACAUAGUGCCUAUUUAAUAAUAUAACUGGAGUAAAGCCAUGCUAGGUAGACCUUACAGUCCCAAGCACCAGCUCUGUCUGUUGCCUUAGCACCAGUUUCGUGAAAGCUUGGUGUGCUUUUCCCAUGAUUUCAAACUCUAAUGGGUAGAGCCUGAGAAAUGUCUCAGGAACAAUCAAACACUGGAGAAAUGGGAAUAAUUCAUCAUAGUUAUAGUAAUGAUACCCAAGUCGGUGAAAAUUCCUUUGUCGUGGUAAAUGUGCAUUGCCAAUCCCUGCUUUUGAGCUUACAGCACUUGAAGGAAGAUCCACCUUAAAUCAGAAAUCAAAUACAGUACUUUACAUUCUGAUAUAUAGUUUUGACAACCAGUAAUCAUCUCUCAAAAUGUAAUUCGUUGUUCCUACUAUUCCCUCUGCUCCCAUUUAGCCACUCUGGUAGACUGACAGAUGGAAAAUGUGUUUGUAUCCCCGGAAAAUUUCUCUGUAAACUUAAACUGAGUAGAUAAACGUUGACCUCAUCAUGCCAUCAAAGAUGGCUCUCUUAUUUUCGACUUAACCACAGACUUCUUCAUGCUCACAUGUACUAGAUAAUCUGAGAUCAGAGGAAUAGGAAUUCUGUUUUAGCGUGGACUUUCCCUUAAAGGCUCAGUGAAAAUGUGAAAGGAUUUUUCUUGGCAGUCUGACUGCAUAUACAGUUUAGCACAAACAGCAGAGAAAGAGCUCAUGGGUACUGCAAUGUAACCAGUAGCACUUACUAAAGCCUCAUAUGUGCCUUAUUCAUUCAAAUCUCAUGUUGCAGUUAAAAUACUGUUCACAAUCCUAAAUCAGGAACCUCCCAACACACUAAGCUCUUAGCUGUCUAACCAAAGAGGCAAAAUCUUGAACACAGUGAAUUUAUAGUAUGUGUUGUACCUUCUGUCCUGCGCCAUCCCUUUCCUUGAAUCUCUAAUUAAAUGUACUUUGAAUGACAAGAGAGAACAUGUUAGAAUUGAAGUGGAAAUCAUUUUGGAGUCAAUAUUUUGGACAACCAUGCAGAAAGUUUCACCUGCAUUCCCUCGUACUAAUACCUCACUUUGAAUGUGUCCACGCAGUCCUCCUGCUAAAGUAUCAGGGUUUCCUUGUCUGUUAUUUUUCGUGCCCAAACAGUCUCCUAGACUGAGAUGGAAAUGACUGAAUUACAAGCAGCACUUUGGCUUAAGCAGAUUUUAUAUAUAUAUAAAAAAUAAAACUCAUAGUAUUAAUUUAAAACAAGCCCAAAACCAUCAGCACAUGAAAAAUAGCAAGAACGUCAGUGAUGCUGCAGAAUAUCUGAUGUGAUUUCAUCCUGUUCAAGAUCUUUCUCUUUGUGUUGUUUAUGUGUUUGUUUUGUUAUGUUUUGCAAGAAUAAUGAGCUGAAACUGCCUUUUCUAAUAGAGUAAAAAAAAAAAUCCCUCCAGAACUCGUUAAGGGAUAUGUCAGUAUAUUUUGGAUACUUUGUGUACAAAAGAGAACAACAAAAACAGAAAUGAAAUAGUGUUGUAUUUUAUAUAUAAUAGAACAUUUCAAUAUAGUGACGUGUCACUAAUAUAUUUAUUUACUAAUAUAUUUAUCCAUUUUGUCCAGGUUUGAAAGAGUGGUUUCUGUAUAUGUUUUAUAUGGAAACUGACCAGUGCCAUCACUAUCAACCUGUCUUCAUUCCAAUU